CCUGAAGGUGCGUGACAUACCGCGGUUUCAAGUUUAGACUUUUCUCUGAUAGUCAUUUCACAAGAAUUACCUCUCAUAUUUCCCGAGUUUACAAUUUGAUUCAUGGCGGACGAGAAAUCGAGGAAGAGCCUGACCAGCAGUGGCAGCAGAGGUUCAUUCAAGACUAAGAAUCCAUUUAGCCGUGUGAAGGAUGAAGACGCCAACAAAAACAAGACAAGACUGUCUAUGAAGAAGUCUUGGUCCACGGACUCGCUUGGUCUGCUCAGCAACAGCAACCGGUUGGGGAAGACGAUCUGUAUAUGUGCUCCUACAAAGCAUGAAGGCUCAUUCCGUUGCAGGCUUCACCGUUCAUCAGCCACAAGCCAUGGUGCAGCUGCUACACAACUUCAUUUCCCAAAGCCUUUGCCUUCUUGAUGACUAAAUCAAUAAUGUCACAUAAUAUUUUGCGGUUCUGAUUUUUUUUUUUUUUUUUUUUUGUCGACUUGCGGUUCUGAUUUUGUUGAAGAUUGUUUUUUCUUUCCAUGAGAUGCAUCCAUCUGAUAUUCACGUGUGUUCAUAUAAUGUAUGUUUUUUCUUUUAGAUACCUAUAUGUCUUGACAGAAGUAUACUUGGAAAAAAAGAUUGUUAAGAGAGAAUACAGAAGUUUCGAAAUUUGUUUAAUGCUCUCAUUACUACACAAUGCUAGAAGUAUAUGUGAAGGUUCUUUCUCUGUUGACAUGGAGAAACUAAUGGUGAAUGACAUUCAUAUAUAAUGGAACUAAUCACUAAUUUCCCCAUUUAGCUAUGAUCAAUUCGUGCUUCGUAGUGUCUUCACAUGCCUCUUAAUCUUUAAGAACCGCCGAAUACCUAAAUCAGAAAAAAAAAAAAA